AUGACAACACAAGACAGGGAAAUCACAUGGAUUGAAAAUCUACCCCAGAUCUAUUCCCAUCAACUGUCGCAAGAUAUAGAUACAACAGCGUCAGCACCGGCAUCACCAACCCGUGAACGCAAGGGCAACAACUCAGUACAAGCGUUGGACCUAAGCCCAUUAUCAUCACUAUCAAUACUCGGCGUAAACUACGACAGCCCCCAAACACUCGCUAUCAAGGCAUCAUCGCGCGUCAGCUCAAGCGCUUCUGAUCGCACUCGCUCCACAUCGGAGUUAAAGAGACAAUUCCUGGAACUUCAUCUUGACGAGAGAGGUUUGGAGACCAAAGCACUCAACGUCGAUGCUCUUGAAGCACUUCUGAAUCCAGAGGCGGCUUCUCUUUUGCGCACCAUGCGACGCAUUGGUAAUUGCAAAGGCAUCCUUCCCCAAGAUAUGCGCGACCAAGUUCUUCAAAGCCAUAGUAUAAAACAAGACGACCUAGACGACUGGGACUUGGCUUUCAAAGACUCGGAUGCUUUUGCUCACCUCCCCGGUCGUAUCCCAUCAGCCAGAGAGAUCGAGUUGGUCUGCAACUGGACCACAGACUGCAUCGAUUCUAAGCAUGAAGAGGCUGGCUGGAGCGAUGAGGUUCACUUUCCUAUACAGCCCGUCCACACAAGCACUGGCUUCCGAGCAAACACCUCGACGGCCAAGUCCUACGAGGAUUCCUGUCGCACAACCCCAAACAGAUGCGUCAACCAUACCGACUUCCAACGGUUGCAGACACAUCCGAUAGUGUUGAGCAUCGAGACAAAAGCAGGGAGCAUUUCCGAUGCAGCUGAGCUACAGAUGGGAGUCUGGCAUACCGCUCAAUGGGCAUUCCUCAAGUCGUCGCUAUCUCGGGCGCAAGAUGGUGCAUGA